AAAACAAUGUUCACACUAGGUUCACAUACUCUAAUCGAAAGUUAUGCAUGUAGGUCGGCACGAGUACGACCUGUUUAUUUGUUAAAGCCUAGCCUGCCGAGCAUGAAAGUGAAAAGAGGGUGACUUGUUUUUGUGGAACUCAUCCUUGAAUAGAUCUCAAUGGAAUUCUAUAUAGUGCCAAAUGCCAUCACCAUUUGUUUUCCAUUCAGAACCCCAAGCCUACUGAUUAACCACUUUGCAAAAAAGCAUACUGAUUAACCAUGUUUAUCGAGCUAUCGGCCUUGGCCCUUCUCUUCCUCCCCUUGCUUUUCUUCAUCCUCGACCUCUCGGGCGACUCGAAAACCGGCAAGUGCAAGCUCCCAAAAUCAUACCCAAUAAUCGGUUCACUAUUGGCUCUCUACAAGAAUCAUGCCAACAAACUGGCAUGGUACACUGAGCUUCUCCAAAACUCUCCCUCCGCCACUUUCUCCAUGCACCACUCUUUCCGCCACCGCUUUGUCGUCACCGCAAACCCCGCCGUCGUCCAGCACAUACUCAAGACAAACUUUCCCACCUACCAAAAGGGACCCUCUUCCCGCCAAAUGCUCCAGGAGCUCCUCGGCGACGGCAUCUUCAACGCCGACGGUGACAACUGGAAGUUUCAAAGACAACUCUCCAGCCAUGAAUUCAACACCAAGUCGCUUAGGAAGUUCGUUGAGAUGGUGGUUGACACUGAACUUAACCUCAGGCUCAUCCCCAUUUUAUUUAAGUCUUCUACAGACCGAACUGUUCUUGAUUUCCAAGACAUUCUCCAACGGUUUGCAUUUGACAACAUAUGUAAAAUCGGGUUCGGAUACGACCCCGAGUAUCUCCUUCCUUCUCUGCCACAAGCGAAAUUCGCUGUGGCGUUCGAUGAUGCCGUCAAGAUCAGCAGCGAGAGAUUCGGUUACUUGAGAGCGGUGUGGAAAAUCAAAAGAGCUCUGGGGAUCGGAUCGGAAAGUCGUAUCUGGCAAGUGGUGUCCGAUGUCCGCGAGUUCGCUAACACCAUCAUCAGGCAAAAGAAGCGAGAGAUGAACGAGACCAAAACACUCGAGUCUCACGACCUUCUCUCUCGGUUCUUGAGCUCCGGCCUCUCCGACGAAAAGUUUGUCACUGACAUCGUCAUUAGCUUCAUCCUUGCCGGCAGGGACACUACCUCGGCGGCGCUGACAUGGUUCUUCUGGCUGAUAGCAAACCACCCUCACGUUGAGAGCGAAAUUCUAAAGGAGAUCGAAGAGAAGUCAGAGACCGGAGACGGAUACGAUGAAGCGAAGGAGAUGGUGUACUUACACGCGGCGCUCUGCGAGAGCAUGAGGCUGUACCCGCCGGUUCCGAUCGACAGUAAAGAGGCGGUGAACGACGACGUUUUGCCAGACGGGACCAAAGUGAAGAAGGGGAUGGCAGUGGGGUACCAUGUUUACGCGAUGGGGAGGAUGGAGCAGAUAUGGGGGAAGGACUGCGCGGAGUUCCGACCCGAUAGGUGGUUGGAGAGGGACGUGGCGGCGGACAAGAGGAGGUUCGUGGCAAAGGACCAGUAUAGCUACCCGGUGUUUCAGGCAGGGCCGAGGGUUUGUUUGGGGAAGGAGAUGGCGUUUCUGCAGAUGAAGAGGGUGGUGGUUGGGGUUUUGAAGAGGUUUAAGGUUGUUCCGGAGAAGAGAGAGAAUGGAUUGGAGCCGGAGUUUGUUGCUUACCUUACCGCGAAAAUGAAAGGUGGGUUUCCGGUGACUGUUGUGGAGAGGGCAUAACUGCGUAAGUA